UGAAAACGAGGAAGUCAUGGGUUGUUUGGAGUGACGGCCCAAAACAAAACUGUUUUUCAGCCAUGUCGCUGCACAGAUAUGAGCCGGGUUUUCUACUUAUAAUUCUAAAUAUUUAUUCUGUCGGACUUAUUAAUGCCGUGAACGUCACCGCUUCGGAUUCAGCUGCAAACCCGCCACAAGCUCCCAGUCAUCAAAGCCAGGGCUCCUCCGCUGUGGUCAGCUCGCCUGUUUACAAGCCUGCUGUGGACUCCUCGUCCUCCAUCAAUCUGCUGUCCUCCUUCCCCGAGGACCUGGAGAUCAGCGAGUACUGCACAGAGCUGCUGCGGCUGUUCGGUCAGCGGUACGUAGCUUAUGUGAACUGCCUGGUUCCUGCUGCUCGACCCGUCAGAGUGUGCCAGAGCUGCUCCCCGGGGUACAAGAGCCUCUCCGAAGUCUUCACGAACAUCUCAUCAGACCAGCUGGGUCCUGGUAAUGCGAGCUGCAGGGACAGCAUUCUGCGCAGUGAUCGACUGAUGCUCGUCUUCCUUCUCUACGGCAACCUGGACACCAUUUGGGAAAAAUCCAAUUGUAAACAAUGUGUCACUACGGAUUUAAAAGGCCCGAACAAUGACACGCUUUACUACCUGACUCUUCUCAAUCAAACCAUCACCUGUUUUGAGAAGUAUAAAGAGGGUAACCAUACAGAACUGUGCAAAAACUGUAAAAAUACUUAUAAGGGACUGAAUGACUUGUACAGUGGAAUGGAGAAGAAUAGCACCCUGUGUAUUGACUUGGAGGAUUCGAUGAAUAUGACCCGCAAACUCUGGAGCAAGAACUUCGCUUGCUCCGUUCCUCGCGAGGAGACGAUUCCUGUCAUUGCUGUGUCCAGUUUUAUACUUUUUCUGCCCAUCAUCUUAUACUUGAGCAGCUUCCUUCACUCGGAACAAAAGAAACGCAAGCUCAUACACCCCAAGCGAGCAAAGUCACACACCAGCCUGAUGAACAUUCAGGACAAACAAAGCUGAAAAAAACUUUUUUUGGACUUGGAGAACUUGUGUGCUUAUCCUUCACAAUUUCUGAGGUGUUUUUUGGCUUCCAUAAACAUAAUACGAAAGAGCAAAUUUAUUUAUAUUUCUUCUUACUAAUAAGAGUAUUCACAAGACUGGGAUGGAUCAAGAUAUAAUUAGGAAGAAUAGAAAUGCACUCAGCUGUAAAAAAAAAAAAAAAAAAAAGGUUUGUGUUCAUUAAAUGUUUUCUUUCGCAUCUUGUUAGGAGCUUUUCUUGAAAUUCAUCAUCCAGGAGGUAAUUUUGUAAGAUUAAUUACAAAAAACAUAUUAAUUAUUACAUUUGGAAUAUGUAAUGCAUAACUUUACUGUUUAAUUACAUGACUUGAUUAAUAAAAAUCUUAAGUUAAUCACGUGAAUCAUGAAUAAUUAAAAUGUACAUUUUUUUUGAAAUGUGCAACAAGUGUGCCUAGUUAUAAAUUACACAAUUGAUACCUUUAAUCCAGGUUUUGUGUUUAAAUCACUUCUAACAUUGCAAACUAAUCAGAUGGUUAAUGACAUAUCUGCACAAUAUCCUUUUAAUCCUCGUUUAGCCAUUUCUUUUUAACUUGUUAACAAUCUUUAGAUUGUUAAGUGCAUCCUACUGUCACUAUAGAAAGUGAGUGGCCUGAAUAUUGUGUGUGUGUGUGUGUAGCUGUAUGUGCUCUAUUUAUGGAUGGAGAAAUGGGUUUUCUGUCUCUAAUGUAUGUCCAGAAGAGAACUGCAAAAAGGAAGCACUUGAUGUCCAUUAGUGGUGACAUGUAACUGCUGUAAGGAGGAGGGGUGAGGGCUGGGGGUGCACAAUGGUUGGCUGGGGAGUAAAUAAAGACAUUAGACAGAAUGUAAGAGCACUCCGAAGUACCACACUGUGAUGUUACCUGUUUUCUAGUCAGCUUCUUUUUUUAAGGUUGCAUAAAGCUUUUAAUGUGCUCUGUUGUUGUUUUGCACUAUUUAAUUUAAUGUAAUUUAAUUUGUUAAGGGCUUCUGGAUAAAACCAUCUUCAGGAUGGAUGAGUAUUAUGUUAAUAUGCUCUGAAGUAAUGGAAACUUUAAUUAUUAAUGUAAAUAAAUCCAUUUAGUCACAAA